AUCAAACAAACACUCGUUUCAUUGGAUCCAUCAACAUGGCGUCGAAUUUGAGAUCUCCAGUCUCAAGAAGAACUGUUUCUCUCAUCAGACAUGCCUGGGGCCCUCGCAUAUGUUUACACGCACCACGGGCACGCGAGAGCUUAGUAGCAUGGCAGUAUCAGACCCGUUACAGGCAUACCACACCCACACAACCUAAAGAUUCCAUCCCAGAACAGCGCUUACCAGAGGGUUCGACAAAAUCGUCGCAGUAUGUGGAAACUCAACAUGGGCACCCGGAAAGCGAAGUCCCUCUCAACUACUACCAGUUCGUUCCUCGAAAAACGAGAUAUCUCCGCCCAGCCAUCUUUUCCAUAGGACUGUCCGCUGGGCUAUUUGCCCUCCUCUCCUAUCUGGACGCUCGCGCACAGGUUGAGCAUGAGAAAAAGCCACGCGUGCAUAUCAAGCCGUACUAUCGGCCUGGCGAGGUGACGACACCCACCGAAGUCUUGUCUCGCACCUGGGAGUACCUGCAUCCCGUCUCCAAGAUGACUGCGGGCAUAAUCGGAACAAACGUUGGCGUACACCUUGCUACCACUCUUCUCCCUAGUUUUCGAUCGGUGUUGGCGCACACGCCUGCGCUUAAUCAGAAUUAUUCGCUGUUUACUUCGAUCUUUGCGCAUUCUGGAGCUUUCCACCUUGGCAUCAACAUGUAUGCUUGCUAUAUGUUCAUGCCACCUGUUGCGGUGUCGCGAGCUUUUGAAGGCGACCCUUACCACGUGCUAAGCUUCUUUCUUUCUACGGGCGUUCUCAGUUCGUACGCUCAACAUUUCAGCACAAUCUUCUCGGAUCCAGCCAAGGCAUUGAGGGCUGGCAAGGUGCCAGAGACGAUGAUUCCUUCUCUGGGAGCCAGUGGAGCUUUGUUUGGACUUCUCGCCGUAUUCGCUAUGCAGUAUCCGGAUGCCGGACUUGGGAUAAUGUUCCUUCCCUUCUCAAUUGCCGCGAAGAAUAUGCUGCCCAUGGUGAUGGCUUUCGAUGCCUAUGGAGCAGUUCGAGGAUAUCCUGGAUUACACUUGGGCCAUGCCGCACACUUGGGAGGCGCACUGAUGGGGGUAGCGUACUCUUAUUUGGACGGCAAGGACAGGUUAUGGAAACCGCUUGUCCGAUUCUGGAAGCGUCGUCUGCAGUAACAGCAGCAUUAUCUGGGCGAAGUCUAGCAGCAGCCCUUGGACAAUGGAAUCGAAUAUUAAUCCGGGCGGCAAUCGAUGUUCUUUCCUUAUCUCUCUGUACCAUUGCUCUCUUCAGUGCAUGGAGCACAGCUUUGGCGUCUAGCUAUAGCAAUCUGUUUGGAUGCCGGAGUCUCGGCUUCUCGGUGUCGGGAAUUAGAAUAUACCACCACGCAGUUCAACCUUUGGCAAGCGACAAAACUUAUCUGAUGUAUU